CUUGAAACAGCGAUGGCAGAAAGCAGCAAAGGCUUGGCCGUUCUGGAGGAGAUAGUGUUGAAGCGUCAGCAGAGCAGGAAGCGGGAAGAUGAUGAUUUCAAUCACCUGCUCGAUGAGUUCCGGCUGCAGCUAAGCAACCAGUGUUCUGAAAACAAAGUGCUGCAUGAGACAGUGCUUGCUUUGCGAGAGGAGAAAGGGAAGUUGGAGGCCCGGGUUGAAGGGUUUGUACUGAUGGAAGUCACACUCAAGGAGCGAGAGAAAGAGGUUGAGUUGCUACAAGCGAGAGCAGAAGAGGCUGCGAAGUCAAAGGAGAGGGUUAUUGAAUGUGAGCGCUUACUGGCGGAUCGGGCGAACGAAAUAGAAACGUUGAAAGCCAAAGUGAAAGAGGAUGCAGAGAUUUCUCAGCGGCACAAGGCAGAAAUGGACGGCCAGGAAGGAAGGGUGAGUUUGGGUCAAAAGGAGAUUGAGAAACUGCACGCGAGGGUAAAGGAGCUAGAGGAGGAGCUGGAGUGGGAGGAGCAGGAGGAGGGAGAGUUGGAGGAGCAGGAGGGGGGAGAGUUGGAGGAGCAGGAGGGAGAUUGGGAGGCGGAGAGGGAAGUGAUAGACUUGACGGAAUUGGAAGAGAUGACGGAGCAGCGCAACGGGCUGCGUCAGCAGCUGCGGAACACUCAGGAGCAUAAAGCGAGGCUGCAGCAGGAACUGAUGGAAUCCGGAGAUAGCGCCCUGAAGCCAGUGGUGGAGCAGGAGGAGGAGGACCUGGUGGAACUUAACCCAGAGCCCAAGCUAGGGGAGAGCAUGAAGCUGCUGGUCAGGACAAUCCAUGCGCUGCUUGCUGUAGCUACCAACGCCUGA